CUUACGUCACAGUCAUGGCGGCGGCGGACGGCUGGUUCACGGCGUUAGCUGUCGGAGUUUCUUUGCUAAAAUGUCUCUUUAUCAACGCGUAUCGCUCCACAGACUUCGAGGUGCACAGAAACUGGUUAGCGAUCACUCACAGCCUCCCGGUGUCCCGCUGGUACUACGAGAACACGUCGGAGUGGACACUGGACUACCCACCGCUGUUCGCCUGGUUCGAGUUCGGUUUGUCUCACGUUGGACGACACUUUGAUAAAAACAUGCUUCAGAUUCAGAAAGCGCCGUACGAAAGUGACGCCACUCUGCUGUUCCAAAGGCUGUCUGUCAUCUGCACCGACCUGGUCUACAUCCUGGCCACAAGAGAGUGCUGUCGCUGUGUCUCGGAGCAGAAAUCCUCCAGAGACAUUUUGAAUCGUCCUUCGUUUGUUCUCGCUGUUCUUCUGCUCUUCAACUUCGGCCUCCUGAUCGUCGACCAUAUUCAUUUCCAGUACAAUGGUUUCUUGAUGGGCUUCCUGCUGCUGUCUGUGGCCAAACACCUGCAGUCCAAACACCUGCAGGGGGCGCUGUUGUUCUCCAUCCUGUUGAACCUCAAACACAUUUACCUGUACGUGGCUCCGGCGUACGGCGUGUUCCUGCUCCGGUCCUACUGCUUCACCAAAGACCACAGUGACGGCCGGUUGAACUGGAGGAGCUUCAGUUUGCUGCGUUUCUCAGCUCUGGGUCUGAUCGUUCUCUUGGUCACCGCCGUGUCCUUCGGCCCCUUCAUCGCCAUGGGUCAGAUGCCUCAGGUUUUGUCGCGUCUCUUCCCCUUUAAGAGAGGACUGUGCCACGCCUACUGGGCCCCGAACGCCUGGGCCCUGUACAACGCUGCAGACAAGGCCCUCACCGUGCUGGGUCUUCGUCUGGGUCUGGUCGGUUCUGGUCCUCAGGCCUCGAUGACUGGAGGUUUGGUUCAGGAGUUUCAUCACACGGCUCUGCCCUCGAUCUCCCCGACGGUGACGCUCCUCUGCACCGCACUGGCCAUUCUGCCCGCGGUGUUGUUCCUGAUGUGGCGCCCGCGUUGCUCCGCCUCCUUCCUGCGAGCGCUGGUCCUGUGUGCGCUCGGUUCCUUCCUGUUUGGGUGGCACGUCCAUGAGAAGGCCGUGCUCCUCGCCAUCCUGCCCCUCAGCGUUCUGGCCGUGCAGAGCAGAGAGGAUGCUGGGAUAUUUCUGGUUUUGGCGUCAACUGGACACUACUCCCUGUUCCCACUGAUCUUCACCGCAGCAGAGCUGCCGCUGAAGUUCCUCCUGAUGUUGCUGUUCUCAGUCUUCUCCUUCAGUUCGCUCCACAGACUGCACGGGUCCUCUCUACUGUGCGCCCUGGAGCGCUGGUACCUGUGCGGUCUGGGUCUGGUGUGUGUGACCUCUGAGCUGCUCCUGCCCCUGUCGACAGUGAGCGCGCGCCUGCCGUUUCUGCCCCUGCUGCUCACCUCCGUGUACUGCGCCGUGGGCGUGGCCUACUGCUUCAUACGAGUCUACGGAAGCCUCCUGAGGACAAACUACAAGAUCAAAGCCAGCUGAGACCAGUCCUGGUUUAGUCCUGGUUUAGUCCUGGUUUAGUCCUGGUUUAGUCCUGGUUUAGUCCUGGUUUAGUCCUGGUUUAGUCCUGGUUUAGUCCUGGUUUAAAGAGGGUUAGUUUGCAAAAUCGAUUCUUUUGAGCUUUCUAUCUUGUUAUAAUGUUGUUCUCUCAUAAAAACACGUCUGAAUAGAUUUUAAAUAUCACCCAUGCAUGUUUGAAUAAUCUAGCAAUCUGUCCUGGGUCUAUUCAAACCCUCCUUACAGUUAGCAGUACGAGGCUCCGCUCACAAGCCAACGUCACCCAUGCUCCCACACGACAAUCCUCCAUAAAUAUACAAAAACAUGAUACAAACUGUGCACUAUGACUUCACAAACCUGGUGUGAUGUGCAGUAGUUUCAUUAGUGGGACGCAGCUGAUUGUGUUGUGAUCGUGGUCUGAAGGGGGAGGGGCUUAGCACAGAGAGCAAAGAGAGGAGAGACUCAGAACAGCUAAAAUGAAAGUGGAACUUAUAUAUAGCAUUUUUAAAACAAUAACGGGAAACAGUUAAUACCCCACAGAAGUACAUACUCCCUCUUUAAUACCCCACAGAAGUACAUACUCCCUCUUUAAUACCCCCUAGAAGUACAUACUCCCUCUUUAAUACCCCACAGAAGUACAUACUCCCUCUUUAAUACCCCCUAGAAGUACAUACUCCCUCUUUAAUCCAGGUUUAACUGUUUCUGGGUGUUUUUUCUAGACCAAACUUCAGCUGGAUAAUCUGUUUGGUGCCUUUGACGAUGCUUCAGGAUGAAACGGGCCAAAGGACAAAUAUUUGUUUUGGAGCCAAAAAUGUCAUUAAUGAAUAAACAUUCCUUUUUCUAU